AUGACUUUCGACACAAAGUACGACCACCACCUUGAAGAGGGAUUGCUGCCUGUUGUCAACCAGAAGGGGAUCACGACGACAUCACCAUCAUCCAGGACGCCAAACAAAAUGACUGCUGCACGCCGUCUUCUGCUCACCGUCUUGGUGUGCGGCUUGAUGACCCUCAGUCUCGCCUCGGCCAUUGGUCACCGGGCACGACCUUGCACGAGAGAUCAUCAGGAACAGGUCCUGGUGGCAGAGGGCGAGGUCAAGGACGCCGCCAAAGUGGAUCUCAUUCACAGGCUCCUCCACGCCUACUUCCCCGACCGCUACCAGGAUGGCGUCUAUGCCUCGGACAAGGAAGCCAUUGCUGCCUUCCAGGCGGAUGACGCCGAGCUGGCUUCUGCUCUCGGUCAGCUAGAGAAGCGUCAGGACAAUGGCACCUCGAGCGCUGCUCCCGCUGCCACUCCCACGCCCUCCGCCUCGGAAGCUUCCACGCCGUCUGCCUCGUCCGCGCCGCCGGCCAGUAACACCCCGACCCCGACUCCGACCCCAGCGCCGUCUACUCCGGCCACCUCCUCCGCUGCUCCCCCGCCGUCCUCCUCCGCAGAGGUCCAGCAGUCCUCUAGCACGCCGCAACAGACUUCGGCAGCGCAGACCACGCCCCAGCAGUCAUCGCAACAACCCGCCGCCUCGAGCACCCCCGCGACGCAGCAGACUUCAGCAGCAGCCCCUUCUUCUGGUACGUCUCAAUCGGAGUCGCAGCAAGCAUCUCCCUCUUCUACUCCUGUUGGGCCGUCCACCGUCUCUACUGAGUCUCCUCCGACGACCAGUGGGUCUCCUUCCUCUUCUUCUCCCCCUCCCCCUUCUUCUGCCCCCUCGUCCGCUCCCACCACGGCCUCCCCGGGGUCUUCGAGUGCGUCCGCGCCGGGUACGUCUGCUUCCCCUUCUUCUGAGACUACUACGGUCGUGACCUCGUCCCCCACGGUGUCCUCCGCUUCGUCGACUGUGUCUGUAUCUGGCACUACCCGCCAAGGCACCACCACCACGCGCAGUACGCCCCGGACCACCUCGUACAGCGAGGUCAAGUCCACCUUUACGUCGACCGCCUCCAACGGCGACGUUGUCCUCGUGACCGCCACGUCCUUUGUCGCCGUCGACCCCGAACCCGCCGCCACCUCGGCCGGUUCCAGCGGCAGCGGUGGCAGUGGCGGUCUGCAAAACGUCGCCGUCCCCAUCGGCAGCGUCUCCGUCCUGCCCAUUGGUCUCGCCGCGUUUGUAGCCGGCGCCAUGCUGUUGCUGUAG